AGUAAUUAUGGCGCUUUUGCGGAGGUUUACUGUUGUUAGCCACAGCACUGGCCACAGUUGUUAGCUCCAAGAAACGUAUGCUGUAGUCCAGCGAAGCUAGCCAUGUCACAUGUAUACCAGUUUGUGGAUGUUGAUGGUAUACCUACUCAAGUUCUCAGAUUUGGCAAGCUUGCACAACGACCACAGGACCUAAACAAUGGAGAACAUGCCAAAAUAAGAAGUUUAAGUGAUGACGAUGAUGUUCUUGUCUUGGUGAUUCCAGGUAACCCUGGCAUCAUUGGUUACUACGAACCUUUUAUGGACACCUUAUUCAAGUCCUUGAAGGAAAAGGUUUCAGUAGUUGGCAUAUCACAUGCUGGUCAUGUUACACCCCCAAAAGGAUGUGUGAACAAUGCUUCCAACAACUUCAAAUCUGGUGGAACAACGAUUAAUGACGUAUACAGCUUGGAGGGUCAGAUCAAACACAAGGUCCUCUAUAUACGUCGCUAUGUUCCGCAGCACGUCAAGCUCAUCUUGGUCGGCCAUUCUAUCGGCGCCUACAUUCUGCUCAAGCUUCUCGAGCAGCUCUCCGACUUGAACGUCGUCAAGGGAGUCAGCCUGUUUCCGACGAUUGAGCGUAUGGCUCUUAGUCCACAGGGUUCGAUCGUGACUCCCAUACUACGCUACCUGCGCUGGCUUGCAGUGCCACCUCUCUUCGCGCUCUCCUACGUGCCCCAGAACAUCCGCGAGCAGGCGAUACGAUGGUACUUCCGGGGCCGAAACGUGCACAUCUCAGCGGUGAGGGCAACGGAACAGCUGCUUGACAAAAGCGCCGCGCAGAACUCGCUAUACAUGGCCAACGAUGAGAUGCAGCAGGUCGCGGCGGCUGACAUCGAGACGAUACAGCGCCAUCUACCAAGUCUGAUUUUCUACUACGGCAUUGAUGAUCAUUGGUGCCCUGUCAGCUACUACCAGGACAUGCGGGAGCUGUUUCCUCACGGCGACAUCAUACUCUGUGAGGAUGGUAUUGCACAUGCAUUCGUACUAGAAAAUGGCCCCCAGAUGGCGCUAAAGCUGGCACAAUGGUUAGAGCCACACGUGGCAAUAAUGGAGGAGGUAGACAGCACAUCACAAUAAUUAAUGCCAAGACACUUUCUUAUUGCGCAUUUAUUUGAUACUGAAAAUUAGUACUUAUCAAUAAAUAGUACUGUAUUUCAGUGAAUUAGUUAACACUAAAUGAUCCAAUAUUUAAAAAUGGGAACUUAAUUUGUGCUCAAAUUACAGUAGCUUGAUGAAGGUAUUGCUAAGUGAAAAUUAAUAAGUGGUAAGAAUUACAGUGUAAUAUCCCGAUUUUAUGCACCCUGAUUAAACGCGAAUUCGGAUAUAACGAGAUGAGUCGUUGGACCCCCUUUUUUGCUCUUAUAUAGCCACGU